CUGUACAUUGAUGGAGCCGCCAGUCUCUCUCUGUGAGCCCGGCAGAGCCCUGUAGUGAGAGAGACGCGCUGCGGGUCUGAACCGACGCUGCGAAAUUACACCGCCGGAUGAUGGCAAGCCUGGCCACAGCCCGUGCGUAACCUCCAUGUGCCGUGGAACAGCCCGCGACGCAGAACUGAAGGAAUGCGCCGUUUCACUGACACGGUCUAGUAAAGUAACAUUAGGAGGUCAGCUCAGACGGCGGAGGCUCUGCCGCGAAGUUUACGCGCUGCAUUCGCAAUCACUCCUGAUGGUGAAGGUUUGAAUGAAUGACGCCGCCGCUUGACAGCUUCCACAGGCAGAUAGGCUACAUUUAAGGAACUGGAAGAAGUGCUGAAUGUAGAAUUCUCCUAAAGGCGAGACUUUGCCCUGAUAGCGCGUUUGGAGACAUUUUUUAUUUGUGGAUGUGAGUCUAGCGCAUCAGUUCAGAUCCAGAAGACGGCAGCCGCGCCGGAGGGUUCAGGAUAACCUGGAGAUCUAGUUUAAAUGAAGAGAAACAUGUGAAGAGCCUUGUGAAAUUUCGACCUGCAAGUUAGCCUUCAACAACAAAAAGGCGAAGGUCUCCUCCCUUCAUCCACUCAUCCAUUCUCUCAGCUCCCUCUGCAGUUUCCUUGCAGGCCCCUUAGACAUGGAGGGCCGGCAGACUAUACGCAGAACUUUAUCACCUAACGCUACAUUAGGAACAAUAGCUACUCUACUUGGCCUCUGCCUCUUAGUGAUUCCAGGCAGUGGGCAGACUUUCACUAGUUUCCACCCUGAACGUCGGGACUGGGUAUUCAACCACCUGACGGUUCACAAAACCACGGGCGCAUUGUAUAUUGGAGCGGUCAACCGUGUGUACAAGCUUUCAGGCAACCUGACCCUCCUCGUUUCCCAUGAUACAGGCCCAGAGGAUGACAAUAAGGCCUGCUACCCCCCUCUGAUCGUUCAGCCCUGUUCUGAGCCCCUUGUCUCCACCAACAAUGUCAACAAGCUUCUCCUCAUUGAUUAUUCCCAAAAUCGGUUGCUGGCCUGUGGCAGCCUCUACCAGGGUGUCUGUAAACUCCUCAGAUUGGAUGACCUCUUUAUCUUGGUGGAACCUUCCCACAAGAAAGAGCACUACCUCUCCAGUGUCAACCAGACUGGGACCAUGUAUGGGGUCAUUGUGCCUUCACAGGGCCAGGAUGGAACAUUGUUUAUUGGCACAGCAGUAGAUGGCAAACAGGACUACUUUCCUACCAUCUCCAGUCGAAAGUUGCCCCGUGACCCAGAAUCUUCUGCUAUGCUUGACUAUGAAUUGCACACUGAUUUUGUGUCAUCUCUCAUCAAAAUACCAUCAGACACACUGGCUCUGGUCUCCCACUUUGACAUCUACUACGUGUACGGCUUCGCCAGCGGCAGCUUUGUUUAUUUCCUGACUGUUCAGCCUGAGACGCCAGAGAACAGCAUGUCAUCAAGUGGAUCUGGCAGUGAUCUCUUCUACACUUCCCGCAUCGUUCGCCUGUGCAAAGAUGACCGCAAGUUUCACUCUUAUGUCUCUCUUCCUAUUGGCUGCGUGAAACACGGCGUUGAGUACCGGUUACUGCAGGCUGCCUACCUCGGCAAGCCAGGCCGUGUUCUUGCUGCCUCACUCAACAUCAGCACCCAGGACGAUGUGCUCUUCACCAUCUUCUCCAAGGGCCAGAAGCAAUUCCAUCGCCCUCCAGAUGACUCAGCUCUCUGCGUCUUCACCAUUCGAGACAUCAAUGCACGAAUUAAGGAGCGUCUGCAGUCCUGCUAUCAGGGAGAGGGAAACCUGGAACUCAACUGGCUCCUUGGGAAGGAUGUGCAGUGCACCAAAGCGCCGGUGCCCAUUGACGACUCUUUCUGUGGUCUGGACAUCAACCAGCCGCUCGGCGGUUCUCAGCUGGUGACCGGCCACACUCUCUACACGGAGACUCGAGACCGCAUGACGUCCGUGACAUCUUACGUCUACAAUGGCUACUGUGUAGCUUUUGUUGGCACCAAGAGUGGACGCCUGAAGAAGAUUCGCGUUGAUGGACCUCCUCACGGCGGUGUCCAGUACGAAACAAUAUCUGUGAUCAAGGACGGCAGCCCCAUCCUCAGAGACAUGGCCUUCUCUCACGACCGCAGCUACCUCUACGUCAUGUCUGAGAGACAGGUCACCCAAGUUCCCAUCGAGUCAUGCGAACAGUACGCGACCUGUGGAGAGUGUCUGAGCUCCGGCGACCCACACUGCGGCUGGUGUGUUCUGCAUAAUAUAUGCUCUCAAAGGAACCGUUGCGAGCGCGCAGACGAGCCAUACCGCUUCGCCGCGUCUCUCAGCCAGUGUGUGAAGGCCACCGUGUACCCAGACAGCAUUGCUGUGUCAGAGCCUAGCGUACUUCUGCUGGUGAAGGUGAGCGACGUUCCGGACCUUUCUGCAGGCAUCACCUGCUCCUUUGGAAACCUGACGGAGGUGGAGGGGAAGGUCAACGGCAACCAGAUACUCUGCGUGUCUCCGGCUGCCAAAGAUGUCCCGCUCAUCCCCACUGACCAAGACUGGUCAGGCGUCGAGUUGAGGCUCAAUUCUAAGGAGACGGGUCAGAUGCUUAUUAGCACGGAGGUCAAGUUUUACAACUGCAGCGUCCACCAACUGUGUCUGUCGUGCGUGAACAGUGCCUUCCGCUGCCACUGGUGCAAGUACCGCAACUUGUGCACCCACGACCCCUCCAGCUGUUCCUUCCAGGAGGGACGAGUCAACGCCUCUGAGGACUGUCCCCAGCUGGUGCGCUCUGAGGAGAUUCUGAUCCCUGCAGGGGAGGUGAAGCCUAUAACCCUGAAGGCCAAGAACCUGCCACAGCCCCAGUCUGGCCAGCGCGGCUAUGAAUGUGUCCUCCACAUCCAGGGGACCAGCUAUCGAGUCACCGCCCUCCGCUUCAACAGCUCCAGCGUGCAGUGUCAGAACAGCUCGUAUGUGUACGAGGGGAUGAAAAUCAGUGAGCUGCCAGUGGAUUUCUCAGUGGUGUGGAACGGCAACUUCAUUAUUGAUAACCCAGAGAACAUUCAAGUGCACUUGUACAAGUGCGCAGCCCAGCGUGACAGCUGCGGCAUGUGUCUGAAGGCGGAGAGGAAGUUCCAGUGCGGCUGGUGCAGCGGAGAGGGAAAGUGCACGCUGCGGCACCACUGCCCUCCCAUCAACCCUUACACCACCCGCUGGCUCAACCUCUCCAGCAAGAACGUGAAGUGCACCAACCCACGCAUCACUGAGGUGACCCCGGUCGCAGGGCCGCCAGAGGGAGGCACGCGGGUGACCAUCUAUGGCACAAACCUCGGCCUGGCUUUCUCCGACAUGGUGGGCAAUGUAGAGGUGGCAGGAGUGAGGUGUACCCCCGUGGAGGAUGGCUACAUCAUUGCUGAACAGAUCGUGUGCGAGAUGGACGCGGCCCCCGCCGACAGCAGACCGGGCCAAGUCCAGCUGUGCGUUGGAGAGUGCAGACCAGAACUCAGGGCUCGCUCCUCACAGCUCUACUCGUUUGUGACUCCAACGGUCACAGGCCUGUCCCCUUGCAAAGGUCCAGAGUCUGGAGGCACCAAAGUAACCAUAAUGGGAGAGAACCUCGGCGCCGGCAGCAGUGUCAACGUUCAGUUUGGAAACCAGACGUGCGAGUUCUUUGGACGGACCAUGACGGAGAUCGUGUGCUACUCCGCCCCGUCUCUGUCUGGCGUGGGCCUGGUUCAGAUCAGUGUGAGCGUGGAUCGCGCACAAGUCAGGGAGAGCCUAACCUUCGAGUACAUAGAGGACCCCACCGUCCAGCGCAUUGAACCGGAGUGGAGCAUCGCAAGCGGACACACCCCCCUGAUGGUGACGGGGACCAACCUGGAUGUGGUUCAGGAGCCCAGGAUCAGAGUGAAAUAUGCUGGCCGGGAGUCUGUCAACGUGUGUAAAGUGUUGAACAACACCUGUAUGAGCUGCUUUGCUCCCUCCCUGAUGGCAGAGUAUCAUCCAGGUUUGGAUACAGUUAAGCAACCGGACGAGUUCGGGUUCAUCUUCAACAAUGUCCAGGCGCUGCUGGUCUUCAACAACACAAACCUCCUCUACUAUCCGAACCCUUACUUUGAACCUCUCAGCACCACUGGUAUCCUGGAGCAAAAGCCUGGCUCACCCAUCAUUCUGAAGGGCAGAAACCUGGUUCCCCCAGCAGCAGGAGGGGUGAAGCUUAACUACACGGUACUGAUAGGAGAGACCCCCUGCUCCGUCACUGUGUCUGAGAGCCAGCUGCUGUGUGAGCCACCCAACCUCACCGGACAAUACAAAGUCAUGGUUCAAGUGGGCGGCCUCCACGUCUCUCCAGGUGUGGUGCACAUCAUGUCCGACAGCCUGCUGACCCUUCCAGCCAUUGUUAGCAUCGCGGCAGGUGGAGGCCUCCUCCUCAUCAUCGUCAUCCUCGUGCUCAUCGCCUACAAGCGGAAGUCGCGUGAAAACGACCUCACUCUUAAGCGCUUGCAGAUGCAAAUGGACAACCUGGAGUCGCGAGUUGCCCUCGAGUGCAAAGAAGCCUUUGCCGAGCUGCAGACAGACAUCAAUGAGUUGACCAGUGACCUCGACAGAGCCGGUAUCCCGCAUCUGGACUACAGGACUUAUGCCAUGAGGGUCCUCUUCCCCGGCAUCGAGGAUCAUCCUGUCCUCAGAGAAUUGGAGGUGUCGGGCAAUGGCCAGCAGAACGUGGAGAAGGCCCUGAAGCUGUUUGGCCAGCUCAUCAACAACAAAGUGUUCCUGCUCACCUUCAUCCGAACUCUGGAAAUGCAGCGCUCUUUCUCCAUGAGGGACCGCGGCAACGUGGCCUCACUUAUCAUGACCGCCCUGCAGGGGCGACUGGAGUACGCCACUGAUGUCCUCAAACACCUGCUGUCAGACCUGAUUGACCGCAACCUGGAGAGCAAGAACCACCCUAAACUGCUGCUGCGCAGAACGGAGUCGGUUGCAGAGAAGAUGCUUACAAACUGGUUCGCUUUCCUCCUUCACAAAUUCCUCAAGGAGUGUGCCGGGGAGCCUCUGUUCAUGCUGUACUGCGCCAUCAAGCAGCAGAUGGAAAAGGGGCCCAUCGACGCCAUCACCGGAGAGGCCCGUUACUCCCUGAGCGAAGACAAACUCAUCCGCCAGCAGAUCGAGUACAAAACCCUGAUCCUAAACUGUGUGAAUCCGGACAACGAAAACAGCCCAGAGAUUCCAGUGAAGGUGCUGAACUGUGACACCAUCACCCAAGUGAAGGAGAAGAUCCUGGACGCUGUUUACAAGAACAUGCCCUACUCUCAGCGGCCGCGUGCUGUCGACAUGGACCUAGAGUGGCGUCAGGGGCGAAUGGCUCGCGUGGUGCUGCAGGAUGAAGACAUCACGACCAAGAUCGAAAAUGACUGGAAGAGGCUCAACACGCUCAUGCACUACCAGGUGUCGGACCGCUGCGUGGUGGCCUUGGUGCCCAAGCAGACCUCAUCGUACAACAUCCCUUCCUCAGCCAGCAUAUCACGCACCUCCAUCAGCAGAUACGACUCUUCAUUCCGCUACACGGGCAGUCCAGACAGCCUCCGCUCGCGUGCUCCCAUGAUCACCCCCGACCUAGAGAGCGGCGUGAAAGUGUGGCACCUAGUGAAAAACCACGAGCACGGGGACCAGAAAGAAGGCGACCGCGGCAGCAAGAUGGUCUCCGAGAUUUAUCUGACCAGGCUGCUAGCUACCAAGGGUACACUACAAAAAUUUGUCGAUGAUCUAUUCGAGACGUUGUUCAGCACAGUCCAUCGAGGGAGUUCUCUUCCCUUGGCCAUCAAGUACAUGUUCGACUUCCUGGACGAGCAGGCGGACAAGCACGGCAUCCAUGACACGGACGUACGUCACACAUGGAAAAGCAACUGCCUUCCAUUGCGUUUCUGGGUAAACGUGAUCAAGAACCCGCAGUUUGUGUUUGACAUCCAUAAGAGCAGCAUCACGGACGCUUGUCUGUCUGUAGUAGCUCAGACAUUUAUGGAUUCUUGCUCCACUUCAGAGCACCGUCUGGGCAAAGACUCCCCAUCGAAUAAGCUGCUCUACGCUAAAGAUAUCCCCAAUUACAAGAGCUGGGUAGAGAGGUACUACGCCGACAUCAACCGGCUGCCAGCCAUUAGCGACCAGGACAUGAAUGCCUAUUUGGCAGAACAGGCCAGACUCCACUCCACAGAGUUCAACAUGCUCAGCGCACUCAAUGAGAUCUACUCUUACGUCAGCAAAUACAGCGAGGAGAUCACAGCAGCCCUGGAGCAGGAUGAACAGGCGAGGAAGCAGAGGUUGGCCUACAAGGUGGACCAGCUCAUCUCUGCCAUGUCGUUCGAGAGCUGAGAGUGACCCCCACUGAAAGAGAAAGAGAGAGAGAGGGUGAGGACCACUGUCUCCGCAGGACCUCCUGAAAAGGCCUUGCAUUUAACUUACCUCUCAUCGCGGGAGCUGCACCCGCCAGCCAGUCCCGGGACCUCUGUACCUACAGCCGGACCAACAUACAGCUGCUUUAGUUUGCAAUCCUCCCACCUCCUUCCAUGACGGCGCCAGCCAAAGGGCCCGCGGGCUCGGACGCAGGCCUCGCAAAACCGGAGCCGACGACGGCAUCGGUAUCAGCAAAGAAGAAAAACAACACGGCUUGUAUUUAUUUAUUUUCCCGUUCCCUCAAAGAACGUUCCCUCCUUUCGACAGGAAACUGUACGUAGUGCGAGUGUGCAUGGGUGUGCGUUUGUGUCACGUUGUGGAAGACUCCUGCAAGACUGUGAGAGCGCGCGGAGAAACGGAUUUAUCCCCUCGCUAACUCAGAACCCGCGUCUGAGUGUGAAGCGGAGAGGAGGGAGGGCGAGAAGCAGAGGAGGCGAUCUCACGUUGGACAGCUGAGAUGAUUGCGUUCAGAUUUCUCAGAUUUUAUUUUUGUACUUUGUACAUUUGAAUAUUAUCCGUUGCAGUCAGAAAUACCCACCGAGGGUCCCAGAAAGUGUGGUUGUUGUGUAAAGAUAUAAAGAUCGUAACACUACAUCAGGGUAAUGUGGGCGAUAUAUAUAAAACAGGCCACGGUCCAUGUCUUCUCUCACUCUUUCCCUCCUCGGACGGACGCUUCGCGCAACGUGGACGAAACCUCUGCCCCCUAUUUAAUCAGACGUGUACAGGAAAUCAUUAUAACUCGUGCGCAUCACCUGAGAGUCAGCGGCCGCAGGACAUCCAGCAUGCUCACACCUGAACUGAUAGCGCAUUUAGGAUGUGACCUCAGAUCAGCAUCACUCUGGUGUCAAAAGGCUUUUCUUCAGCAGUUUGGUCAUCUGUGUAUGUACCGGUUGAUAUUUGCCAAUAAGUGUAUGUGAAUGUACAAAUAUAUAUAUUUUUUUUAAUUUCUUUUUCCUUUUUUGUUUGUCUACUUGAGUUGUGCAACAGAAGUCGACUCAGUUGAACUGAGCUCCGUAGAUGUUCGCAGUAGCUCGUCAUGUGAAGAACUCCCCUCCCCGUCCGCCGUGGCCUGAGCCUGUCCGACUGUUUCCCCAAACAUUAUUUAUUUCAAAUCACUUUAGGACUUUUCUGUUAGAGGGAAGUGUGUGUGUUUUCAUUGUGGCUGUCCCUGCCGUUGCUAGCCAGCCUGUAAAGUACGCGGUGUGCACAGCCACAGCGGAGCCCGGGGGAAAGCAGUUGGUUGCAGUAUGCUAAAACUCCCGCUACUAGUUGUACCGUUUAAGGAACCUUAUGUGUGCUUUGCAUGCACAUAAACAAAAUCAGGAGUCCACCUUUGAUUUCAUCAAGUGCCAAUGAGUCACGCCCGCUUCAGGUGGCCCGUUGAGAUGAUGGGAGAUCUUACCCAACCACCACCAUGUCUUUGCACGGAUGGUAAGGAUAGUAUGUGGUGUGUGGGCCUAGUUUGACAACAAAAAAAACUAAAGUGCCAAAAAAAAAAAAAAUAACAAUCUGGUGUUAAAUCGUUCACUAAUGUGUGUCAUGGUCGGUUUAUGCUUUACAGAGGAAGCAAAGCUGGAAGCUCGUAUAGCGGUGAACUGGAACAGUGAGUUUUGAAACUCAUGACAGGUACGAAAAGAGAAAUCAGAUUGAGAGGAAAACAUAGAAACAGACAUAAAAAAAAAAAACGCACGCUUCAUGUUAUGUGGAUGUGUCUCUUGGCCUAAACCAAACAGUCCCGAGCUAAAAAGCUGAUGUAACCUUCCAGACUUUAGCUGGAGGUCAGCAAACUGUAGACUCCGUCCUCUGGAUAGGCGAUUUCAUUUUCUUCCAAGAUGUGCUGUAUGUUUGCCUGUUGUUUACAUCAAGUACUUGAAAAAAAAAAAAGGUAGGUUUUGUACAGUACACUGCAACUGUGUGCGUUGAGAGCAUGAUAAAGGUGGGUGAAAGGUGCUUCUUUUCUCCGUGGCCUUAGAUACCCACCUGCUUAGUGUUCCUGAUCUUGUUAGUCCUCGACUGUGGCGCGGUCCUCUCAGUGCUCCAGUGUUUUUUUUUUCCAGUGAUACCUGGCACUCGGCUGAAAACUGUCUUGGCGAAAUAAGAAAAGGGAAAGGUGAAGAGGGUACGGCCCGGAUCAGGCAGACAUUGCCUCCCGCAGCACUCGGCUCGCCUGAACUGUUUGAAGAGAAGUGUCGAGAAAUGAGGAGCGAUGGAGAGGUAGAAAGAGAGAGAACCCCUUUAGCUCUAGUUUCCUGCUCCGGCUUUGAAGCUGCUCUUUGAUCUGAGCCAGUUGUGUGCACAGUGCGAUCAGGAGAUGGAAAGGAAAAAAAAAAAAAAAAAAACAUCAAACUAACAGGCGAGGAGAAACGUAGGAUGAGGUGAUGAUUGACAUGCUGUUACUGUGUCUGGCCAGUGGGGGCAGAAGUGAGAAAGAGGAUUUUGUAAAUUAAUUCCCUCGUCUGAAAAAAGCACCUUCGCGCAGAGGUGCAUCGCAGACACAAAAGAAUAAAAAGAGACAACAUAUCUCCUAAUUAUUAGGUAUUAUUGUUUUUCAAAUCCUGACAUAGUUUAGUCAUAAUUACAUAACUAUUAGACACAUUAGAAGAGCCAGAUCUCUUAAAUAUUUGUCAAACUUUGGAUGUUGGGCAUGAGGCAAGAGAUCUUUUCUUGAUCAUGAUUUAUUUUAUUUUUUUUAAUUAUCCAGAUCUGGUUCCUAUAACGUGAUUAACUUUGUGACAGGCUUCACAACCUAUGAGAUAUGUCCUGUUUUUUGUCUUUUGUGAAUGCUUUUGAACUUCUUGCUCCUUAAUCUUCUAAUGGACGUCUAAAGGUACAUGGCGCUCAAACACAGCACACACGCAAAACAUAAAGCUUCUUCCUUUUGAUUAAGGUGUCUUCCCAGUUUCAGCGAAUAGAAUUGUAUCCUCCUCAUACCUCACAUUGCUUGUAUGGAGUAAUGCUUUUUAUCAUUUCAAGGACCUAAAUGCCUUUUCCUUCUCCGAGGAAUAAAAAAAAAAGAUGUAUGUUUAUUAGAGUCCUUCAAACUCUUAGAUGAGCUCCACUCGUGAUGAAAGAAAAUUAGACACACAAAUUGCUUAAGAAAGGCUUUGAUUUUUCUCUCAGUGAUCAUUUAUAUCAGGAAGUUUUUUUUGUCUUUUGUUUUGUGUGAGUUUUGCAUGCAUUUUGCAGUUUAGUUCUGCCUGGUAUUCCAUAUCGAUCCGCGCCAUUGUUAGUCUUACGGUAUUCUUCCAUUCGUAAAUGUCUUAAUCACAGCUGAAUGCACCUUUUUCUUUCUUUUUUUUUUUUUUUUAAUUUGUGAAAGAGAUUUUUUUUUUGUUACUAAUCAAUACCUUGUUUCCACGCUGUAUGCUCAUGUCUAGGAAUCUUUGUUUUAAUUCAGUUUGAAUGGAGAAGAGGAAAGUUUGUUUACUCUUUCUGCAGCGCAGAAUCCCAUUUGACUGCCACUUGCGUCGAGACAUGGAGAGAUGCUCACGAACACAACCUCACUUCAGAAGAAGCCGAUUACUAAUUGAAGAUGCUUUGUGCACUUUUUUUUCCCGCUCUCGGUGAAACGAUACUGCCGAGGAGAUGGUGUUGUUGUGACUGGCACGUGUCAUUCCUCACUCAAACAAAGCAUUUCAUUUGGGUUUUUUUCCAUGUUUGUUUGCUCGACGGAUUCGGGCAGAGGAACUGAAAUCCAGAUCAGCGUAUUACUCUCAAAGUCAGAAUAUCACCAAGUAUAAAAUGAGUAUCCUUCCAUUUUAAACACAUUGUAAACAAACCCCUUUGUAGACACUGGAGUUCUGUAAUAUAGUAAUUACUGGCAAUGAUGACGAUGACAAUAAUAAUAAUGGCUGUCUGUUUUUUCUUGUUUUAUAAAAGUGUUGUGAAAAUUGUAAGAAACUUAAAGUAUUUAAAAAAGGUUGUUCUCUUGUUUUUUUAUUUGCUUUGAUUUUGUUAUGAUAAUAUAUUAUUGUGUACCUAUUGUAAAUAUGAAGCACACCUAUUUUGCAAGCCAAGGACUCACUUUGUACUGUUGUUAUAUAUAAAUAAACUUUGCUGGUUAAAAAAAAAAAUUGCAUAGAACCAAAAUCUG